AGGGCAAGGUGGCACGUGACUGGGCACUGCCCACUUAAGGGCACGUGACAAGGGUGCGGUCUCCGUACGCGCAGCCGCAGUUCUGCCCGAGGCUGUCAGCCGGAGCGGCGAAGCUUCGCCGUGGGGCCCUCAGGCCCGAUCUGGAUUGGGGGAAAAAGAUGGUCCUGUGCUUCUGCAGAGGCCCCACAACUCCCUGAAGACUUGCCAGUGCCUGUGGGAUGGCAGCUGUCUGGCAGCAGGUGUUAGCUGUGGAUGCCAGGUAUAACGCGUACCGGACCUCCAACUUCCCGCAGUUCCGCACGCAGUACAUCCGCCGGCGUAGCCAGCUGCUGCGGGAGAAUGCCAAGGGCGGCUUCGACCCUCUCCUGCGGCGCCAGUACCUGAAGCUCCGCAGCCAGCUCCUGGCCCAGCGCUACGGGCCCCUGUCUGAGCAGAGCAGUUUCCGGACUUACAGUAACAGCAUCCGGAGCAGCCGCACCACCCUGGACCGGAUGGAGGAACCUGCACGCACCGUUCCGAGGCCGAACGGGCGGGCCCAGGAUUUUGAGGACGACCUACGCGCCCAGGGAGCGAGGGGGCACAGACGCUCGGUCAGCCGCGGGUCCUACCAGCUGCAGGCGCAGAUGAAUCGCGUGACAUACGAGGAUAAGUCACCAGGCAGCGUGGUGCCCACCUCGGUGGCAGAAGCUAGCCGGGCCAUGGCGGGUGACACCACCCUCAGCGAGAACUACGCCUUCGCAGGGAUGUACCACAUCUUCGACCAGCACGUGGACGAAGCAGUUCCGAAGGUGCAGUUCGCCAACGAUGACAAGAACCGGCUGGCCUGCUGCUCCCUGGACGGGACCGUCUCCAUCUUCCAGCUGGUGCCCACGCCGCCUGCGGUGCUGAGGGUGCUGCGGGGUCACAGCCGAGGGGUCACCGACUUCGCCUGGUCCCUCUCCAACGACGUGAUCGUCACCACCUCGCUGGACGCCACCAUGAGGAUCUGGGCCACUGAGGACGGCAAGUGCAUCCGGGAGAUUCCCGAUCCCGACAGCUCCGAGCUGCUCUGCUGCACUUUCCAACCCAUGAACAACAACCUGACCGUGGUCGGGAACAACAAGCAUAACGUUCACGUCAUGAACAUUUCCACUGGCAAGAAGGUGAAGGGAGGCUCCAGCAAGCUGACAGGCCGUGUCCUUUCCUUAUCCUUCGACUCACCCGGGAGAAUCCUCUGGGCAGGUGACGACCGGGGCAGCAUUUUCUCUUUCCUCUUCGACAUGGCCACAGGUAAACUGACCAAAGCAAAGCGCCUGGUGGUGAGUGAGGGGAGUUCGAUAACGAGCAUCUCUGCCCGAUCCUGGAUCAGUCGGGAGGCACGUGACCCCUCCCUCCUGGUGAACGCCUGCGUCAACAAACUGCUGCUGUACAGGGUGGUGGAUAAUGAGGGUACACUGCAGCUAAAGAGGACCUUCGAAAUUCAGCAGAGCGCGAAUCCAGUCCACAGUAUCUUCUGUCCCCUCAUGUCAUUCCGGCAGGGGGCCUGUGUCGUCACCGGCAGUGAGGACAUGUGCGUCUAUUUCUUUGACGUGGAGCGGGCUACGAAGGCGAUUGUGAACAAGCUCCAGGGUCACAGCGCAGCCGUGCUGGACGUCAGCUUUAACUGUGACGAGAGUUUGCUCGCCUCCAGUGACGCCAAGGGAAUGGUCAUCAUCUGGCGACGGGAGCAGAAGUAACAAGGCUCACCUCCCACUCGAGACAGCCCUCUGCAUGAUGGGCUGUUAGCUGCUAGAUAUUUUAUAUCUAUAAUAUAUUAUAUAUAUAUAUAAAUAUAAAUAUGUGAAAACCUUAAA